AUGUCUAACCUGAGAAAGGUGUUGGAGAGGCAACAUCGAGAAGAUGAAGAAAUCAGGCGCAAACGUGCUGAAGAAGAUCGCGAGUUGGAUGAAGAGGAGGAAGAAGUUGUUUUAGUGGUGGGUAUGCUAAAUCAAUCAAGGCAACACCACUGUGGCUGUUCCCUGAAUGUGGACAGACAUAGGCACUCUAGGGGUAAGAAUAUUUUAGAAGAUUACUUUAUCCCAAAUUCGUUAUAUCCUGUUUCUUAUUUUAGAGAGAGAUAUAGAAUGCAGCCCCAUUUGUUCCAAGAAAUCAUGCAUGAUGUUUGCAAUUACGACACAUACUUCGUUCAGAAGUACGAUGCUCUUGGGGUUUUGGGUUUUCUUUCGGAGCAAAAACUUACAGCUGCUUUACGGAUGCUUGCAUAUGAGGCAUCUGCAGAUCAGGUGGAUGAGAUUGCUAAGAUAGGGAAAUCAACUAUCUUAGAGUGCUUGGUCAGAUUCUGUGAUACAAUAGAAACUCUCUACACGAGGGAUUACCUUCUCAAACCUACGCCUAGGGACCUCCGAAGACUCCUACGAAAAUCUGAGGCUCAAGGUUUCCCAAACAUGAUUGGAGGCAUUGACUGCAUGUACUGGCUGAGGAAGAAUUUCCCAACUCCUUGGCAAGGAAAUUAUGGGAAUAAGAAGGGCCAAAAAAAUAUAAUUCUAGAGGCUGUUGCAUCAUUCGAUAUCUAG